CAGCAACAGCACGUGACAGGGCAUUGGUGGGAAGGUUCAACCUCCACUGCCAUCCCACCAUUAUUUGCCAUGGCCUGAAUCGGCGCUGCAUAGCAUUGCCCCGUUCCUGUGCAGUGCAUGGGUUUUCCUUCGCAAGCAUCUGUUGCUGAGCAGAUAAAGAGCCGCAGGAAGCCUCAGGCAGAGCCGUGUAACCAAAUACAGGGCUGCAGGAGGCGUGGAGAGACCAUCUUUGGAGCAGGACUAAAUAUAACUGGGAGAGAGCAAACGUGUGUUCAGCGUGGGCUGCACCUGCCCUGCUCUGUCACCUGCGUCCCUGGGAGAGCUGGGAGAGGGGAUGUCCUGGGGUGGCUGUGCUCAGCAGGUCUGAUGGAGCAACAGAGCUUUCCAGGGCUUCCCUCUGGCUCUGGGCUCUCCUGCACUUCUGCUUCACUCCUCCUGUGUGUGGCAUUUCAGCCAACAUUUCAGUGUUUCUGCCAACUUUUGGUGGCCCAUGAGAAGAGCAGCAGGUCUUUCGGGGAGCCCAUGCAUCCCCCAAGUCAAGCGCUGCUGGGGACAGCUGAGUCACCCCUCUGAGUUCAGUGGGGCCGGGAUGGCUCACGUGGGUGGGAAUGUCUCCAUCCUUCUGCUGUGGCACCUCCAGGCCCCCCCCCCAGGGCUUAGAAGGGCCAUGGAUGGGAGCUAAGGGUGGAACCGAUACCCCCAGGGCCCUCUGUCCUGUUGGUGAAGCCUCCUGGUGACCCCCAGGACUGUCUGUGAAGCCCGCAGUGCACACAGGGCGGGCUGCUGGUGCUCUGCUCACACUGCCGCUGGCAUCCUGCGUGUUUGGAAGAGGAAGAUGAGGCUGCAAAGCCUCUUCAGCCGUGAUCUUAUCAGCCUGUUUCUGGGGCAAACCGUGCUUUCACUGCAACGUUCUUCAUUUCUCUCAGUGCAGCCAGAUGGCUCCAUCGCUACCCCAGCUCCUGGGAGAGGUGGCUUUGGAGCUGUGCGGGUUUUAUCUCUAAAAGCCUCAUAGCUCUUGGAAGCUGAAGGGAGGGAUGUGAUUCCCUUCUCGCCCUUUCUGCUAAUUUUUUUUCCCUGCAAAUGAAAUAAAAUCCAGCUGAUGCCACGGGUAUUUUAAGAACUGCAGAGAGGAAGUGGGGCUCUGCAGCUCUGCAGAGAAGUGGGAUGAGCGCGGAGAAGCCGCUGGUCUUGCUGAGCUGGCAGACAGCAAAAUAACCAGUUAUGGGAUGAGAUGUGUCUCGUGGCUGCUGCAGAGAAGGGAAGAGAUGCGUGGGGAGGAGGGGGCAGAGAGAGGAGGAGUGGUGUGACUCGGGGAACUGAGCACUUUUGCAGGGCCGGCGUUUGCACCGCGCGCUGUUGCAUUUCCCCUCGGCUCAGCCGUCGCCCCACGGCCGUGCGCUGCCUGUGGCCAUCAGCCCUUCCUGUUCUGGGCCAGCCUUGUGGCCGCUGCUGCGAGCUCUGACACGUGCACGCAGAGCAGAACUCAGCUCCGCUGCUCGCUGCCGGCUCCUGCCCCACUUCGCCCUCCUCCUCCUCGCCAUGGGCCCGGCCUGCGCCCCGCGGUGAUGCCGGGAGAUGGGAGGACGCAGCGGGAGGUGAGACCCCGGACCCGAGGCCAUGCCCGUGCGCAGUGAGCAGCAGCCGUGCACUCAGCAGCCUUGCAGCCGUGCCCAUGCUCUGCUGCAGCCCCGGCCCGGCCAUGGAGAGCGCAGAGCUGGAGUCAGACAUCCUGCGCCGCGUCCGCACGCUGCUGCGCGAGCUGGACGGCCACCACCCCGCCUGCCAGCAAGACCGAGGGAUGCUGCGAUGGACCCUGCACAAAAAAAUCGACCAGAAUCCCAGUAACAGCCCCGUCCUGGUCAGGAUCCUGGUGAAAGAGCUGGAGAGGGCAGAGCGAGGUGACUACAGACAUUACAUCAUCCCCCUGCUGCACACGCUGAUGUACGCCUUGAUCAAGGCUCCCUGCAUCUCCGACGAGCUCUGCAGCAGGGUGUAUGAUUUCUGCAAGAAGCUGCUCACCCUGCCCAAGCCUUUCUGCACGAUUGGUUUGGACUAUGCUGCCAGGCUGAAGAUGGAAAGGACAGCACCAGGAAUGCUCUACCAAAGGAUGGUGAUCUCUGAACAAAGUCUUAAAAGUGACCCCUACCCCUACCAGGAAAAGAUUUUCAUCUUUGCUGACCCAGAGCUGCUCUCCGAAGCCAUCUGCAAGGCUCUGCUCACCGACACGGAGGCAGCUCGCAUCUCCCAGAGCCCACGGGCGUGUAUGUGCUAUGUGAUUACCCACGCCAUGCAGGCGGCCUUGGGUGAGGGCUGUGACCUCAGCGCCUUGAGGAUGCGGCUCCAGGGCAUGUCCAGCAGCGAGGUGGAGCACUGGUUCCAGGAGGUGGUGGCGGCCGUCGAGGGCACGUGGAGCGAAGCGGGUGCAGAUCGUGGGCAGCACGCGGAGAGGCUGCAGAGCAUCUACUGCGCCGUCCUCAGCUCCUCGCCACCAGGCGAUGCCCCCCUGGAAGGGCUGCAGGGCACCCCGCUGCCCAACCCCAACAUCAGCUUCCACCUCUGGACAGAAGAUGACCAGCUCUGGAAGGAGCUGGUGCUGUUCAUCCGCCCGCUGUCGCAGAGCUGCGAGCCCGAUCGCCUGAGCCAGGACCUGGACAACUUCGAGAUCCAGGACAUCAUUUCAGACUGCGAGUGCUGCGAGCAGACCCGCUUCUCCGUGCUCUCCACCGACAGCGGCAUCGAGCGGGACCUGCCGCCAGCCACCGAGGAGCCCUUUGCCCCGUGCAGUGCUGACACAGAGCAAUCCCGGCUCCAUAGGAAAGGUGGCAUUAAAAAAAAGCCCUCGCCGCUGGAGAGCGUGGCCUUCCUGCAGACCGGCUGCAGCAGCCCCGGGGCGAAGCCGGCGGCCAAGGUGCAGAGGAGAGCGGGGAUCCCCACUGAGCCCACGGCCCCGCUGCUGAGGCUGCACACCGCCCGCAUCGUGCUGCUGGGGGACGACCGCAUCCUGGGGCGCCUGGCCCAAGCCUACCACUCCCUGCGGAAGCGAGAGACACGCCGAGUCUUCCUGACGCCGAGGCUAAACCUGCAGUUCUACUACGUGCCGGUGACGGGACAGCCGGGCACGCUGGUGGCUGCGAACCCUGCUGCCUCUGGCCCCGAGGAGCUGUGCGAGGUGGCCGCCUACCUGGGCAGAGCCGAUCCCUGGUACGAGAGCAACAUCAACACGCUGUGCCACAUGAUCCCCAAGCUGGCCACUAUGCCUUCCUCUCCGAGCAAGCAUCUGGUGACCGAUCUCUUCAUCACUGAUGUGAUUGCCUACUAUGUCCGCAUGGGCACCCAGCCCGUCUGCUUCCAGGUGUACGUGGUGAAGGUUUUCUUCAGCAGCUUGGCACAGGAGCCGGCUGAGGACGUGUUCCUUACAGAGCUGUGUGCCCAGGUGCAGGACAGCGUCUCUCCCAGAGUUCUCCCCUUUGCAGAGGUAAACCCAGCCAAGAAGAAGACGACCCUGGAUGGCCCUGGCAUAGAUCUGACUGUCACAUACAGGAAGGUCGUGGUGAGUGACCGGGCAAAGGACGUGUCACUGUCCCUGCGCUCCACGGGUCUCUCGAUGAAGGCCAUCCCUGCCAACAUGGCUGAAGAUCUGGCAUGUCUGAGUGUGGACAUCACUGAAAUUGUUAGGAUCAACAACUUGUCGGGACGAUCCUUCUCAACCAUGACAAACAAGUUGAAGACGUGCAACAUCAAAAUCAGGAGCACGGAGCAGAGGCCCUUCACGCUGUGUCUGGAUAAGGACAGCAGAAGGACCUACAGGAAUGUGAUCAGCGUGGAAGUGUCUCCUUGCCUAGAGCCCAGCUACUGCCUGCAAAAGUCAAGGACAAUGAAACUCAGCCUGCAUGAAGCAGAGGAUGUGGGACUUGUGAAAUACAUGCCCAAGUCUCUGCUGUUGCCCAUCAACACAUUUGCAGGCGUCAUCCAAUGAGGAAAAGGAGGAAGAGCUGAUGUGAAAGAUGCGGCACCUGGGUCGUGAUAGAAGAAAUGGAAAAAGAAAGCACACUAAGGAGCCAGCAACAGUGGCUUUGCAACCGGGAUGGCGUUUCUGAAGCUGCAAAGGCAGAGGUGGACAGAGCUCGGGGAGGACAGUCGUGUGCCAAGGGAUGGCUGUGGUGGCCACAGCUGAGGCUCCCUGCCACAGACAGAGCUCUCCUGAAGGACUGGGAGCUUUAACCUUUUGCACAAGUCAUGAAAAACCUCCAAGCUUUUUGUUUCAGGGAAAGGACUGAGGAAAACAGAGCUGAGGUGAUGGUGCUUGCUGUGAAGUGGAUCGAAGAGCAGUUGCUAGCACUAAUAUUUAUUGCAGUGGUGUCUCCUGGCCUGGCGUGUGCGUCUGAUGCGUGUAGUCGGCGGGACACCCAGUGUUGUUUCAGAGGGGCUACGCAAGAACGAUGGGUGGUGUGAAGCAGGGACAUGGAAAAUCCAGUGCAAUGUUUGGCAGUGAUGAACUGGGUGAGAGCAGCUUGUGCUGCCCAGGCAGCUCAGCCUGGCUUUGCUCUGAGAAGCCUGCAGAACACCUGGGAGACUUCUCUGUUCCUUCCCUCUGCUGCUGUCGGGGUGUAGGAGCCCUCCCCUGCUUUGCAGAUGGGCUCACACCAACCCAGCUCUGUGGAGGAACGUGUCCGAGGCCCAUCUUCGCUGCAGUAAUGGAAGAACCACGGUGUGCGUUGCUUGACUCUCUGAAUGUAGUUGGUGAUAUCUGGGGUGCCUCCAGGGAGUCUUCUGUAAAUUCACGUUGGAGGGGAUGUGGGAUCCAUGGCACCCUUCCAUGACACUAUCAGUUUUGGUUCUCUCGGCUCCCAGCAGCUCAGGGGUGCUGGCUUGGAUCCCCUGCCCCAAGGAGGAGCCCCCAGCCUUGUCAAUGCACACAGCAGCUCUUCGUUGUCACCCACAGGGCGUCCCUGGAGCGCAGAUAUCCAGGCCUGGAGAUGCUUCCCUGACCUGCUCCAAGCCUGUGGGUCAUCCUGGCUCGUUGGGCCCCAUGAAACCCUCCUGGUGCUGCCCCUCGUUGUCGCCUUGGCACGGCAGGCAGCUUUGCUUCCUGUUCCCAAGCUCAGGGUUUACACACUCACACUUUGAAUGCACCAUGCAGCCCCAAACUCGCAGUGGCAUACAUUACUGGGGGCAAGGCAACUCUGGAGCUGCUGGUGGGUAAUGGGUUAUUUAGCAACAUAAAGAGCCUCCAGGUCGCAAAAAGCAGCACUGAUAGCUGAUGGGCAACAGCAUCACGGCAAUUUCCAGAGGCUCCCAGCCUCAGCAUCCCUACACAGGAACCUGGAAGGUCUCAGCAGCCACGUUCAGUUCUUCAGUGCAGUUUUUCAUCUCCCCUCAAAAACGACAACCAGUGCCAGGACAGGCAGCAAGCGCUUGGGCCUUGGAAGGGGCUGAAGUUGGAACGGAGGCUCAGAAACACCUGCUUGCCCCGGCCUCCUUCCUCUCUGAGCUGCUGCAUGUGGUGAUGCUGGGCUCAGGGUGGUGACCCGUGGCACUGCACAGCCCUGCCUCGCAGAGGCUCCCGAAGCCGUGAUGCCAUGGGUCGGAGCGUGGUCUGCGGUAUCCGGGGCUGACUUUGUACAGCUGUAAAUGGUGUAGAUGGAUCAUAAGUUAUUUGUACAGGUGUCAGAAGGUGCGAUUCUUUCAAUGCCAAUUAAAAUAUAUAUAUAUAAAGUGGGGGAAAAACCA